CAGGGGCCGCCACCACGCUCGCAACUGUCAUCGAGGUGCACGCGACAGCAGCUGUCAAAAUAGUGUGCCACAAUAGCGAGCAGUUUUGUUUAAUUUCGAAUAAAUAAUAGUGAAAAUGUCGUUUAAAGCAGUAGCGCAAAGUGUGAGAACGCUCAGUUAUGUUGGAAGUUAUAAAAAGAUCCGGGAUCGGCCGUACAGACUAUACUGCGCCGCAGUCAUCGGCACGGGCUAUGUGGCAUACAGCCAAUACAAACAGAACAAAGCUGAUAUGAAGGAGAUCAUCCAACUGAGGAACUACAUGGCGGAACCCAUCACACCCAUAGACCAGCUCGAAAAGAAUCCUGAUGAUAUGAAGACGCAGAUGGAACUGCUAAUUCUAAGAAUACAGGCCGAGUUCUGUAAAGCGUUGGAAAAAGAGGAAGACCAAGCGUGGGACGAUGAGAAAACUGUGGACGAUUAUGAUUUCGACAACGAUAUAUUUUUACCAUCCCCGGAGGCAAAAUUCAAAGUGGACAGAUGGCAGCGCAAGGAAGGCGGCGGAGGCAUCACGUGUGUGUUGCAAGACGGGCGAGUGUUCGAGAAGGCUGGCGUCAACAUAUCCGUGGUGUCAGGCACGCUGCCGCCGGCCGCUGUGCAGCAGAUGAGGAGCAGGGGUAAAAAGCUUGAGAACGCGGAGCUGCCGUUCUUCGCGGCGGGCGUGAGCGCGGUGAUCCACCCGCGCAACCCCAUGGUGCCCACCAUACACUUCAACUACAGGUACUUCGAGGUCAGGGACAAAGACGGUGUGCAGUGGUGGUUCGGCGGCGGCACGGACCUGACGCCGUACUAUCUGAACGAGGAGGACGCCAAGCACUUCCACCUCACGCUCAAGCACGCCUGCGACGCGCACGACGACACCUACUACGCUAGAUUCAAGAAGUGGUGCGACGAUUAUUUCUACAUCCCACACCGCGGCGAGCGGCGCGGCGUCGGCGGCAUCUUCUUCGACGAUAUCGACUCGCCAGACCAACAGUCCGCUUUUAAAUUCGUCACCUCCUGCGCUGAAGCGGUCAUACCCAGCUACAUACCUUUAGUUAAAAGACACAAGGACGACGCGUACGGCUACCACGAGCGCCAGUGGCAACUGCUGCGGCGCGGGCGAUACGUGGAGUUCAACCUGAUGUACGACCGCGGCACCAAGUUCGGUCUGCACACGCCGCAAGCACGCUACGAGUCCAUACUCAUGUCACUGCCUCUCAAUGCGAAAUGGGAGUACAUGAAUGUGCCGAAGCCGAAUUCUGAAGAAGAGAAAAUAAUGAAAGUGUUAAAAGAACCAAGAGAUUGGCUAAACUUAGAGAAAGCUCAGCGUGCUGCAGCAUAGAACAGUAUUUACAUUGUAUGGUUGUGGAAUAUGGGAAGUGUUAUGUAUUUUAGGUAAUUGUGUAUGAUAUAAAUAUUUUUAUAAAGAUCAUUGAAAAUUAUACAUUUGGAAGAAUAAAUUUGUUUUUUGAAUGUUUAUUUUA